AUGCGUCGAAAGAAUUUUCCCACACCGAACAGGAAUAAACGCUGGGGGGCAAAAAGACACGCAAAUCAGACGUAUAUCAUUUCAAAGAAGGCAGAGGCCAUUCUUUCGACCGUGCUGGCAGAUAUACUGGAGGAAUCGUUGGAGAAUGCGAGGAACCUAGCGGAGAUCGCUGGCAAGAGCAGCGUGACCCAACGCGAAAUGGAAAUGUCGCUGAGGAAUCUCUGUUUGCGUUUGAGCAGAAUGCCGGCGAACGGCGCGCGAUUCGACUAUUGGAACGACGACGGGGACAAGUAUAACAAGGGUCCUGCCGCCUCGUCCAAGGUUGUUUCAGAAGGCACGCGGCACCGCUACAGCACCACGCCACACUGUCACGGAGACUACGGUCACAAACUAGUGACCAUCUAUCGCAAUCUACGUUUCCUUCGGUAA